GCCAUUCAAAUACCUGCAUGUCAUUCAGUUUGCAUUGUACAACAGCAUCUUACUUAUUCUCGGUUUCAGUUUUCUCGGACAAGAUAAGAAGAUCCGAACCGGCUUCAGUCUCAUUUGAAUUGGAGUUGAUAACUUUAUCGAUUGAUAGCUGCGAGCCUGCCGUCGACUUGUCAGUGAAUUGAACAGUACCCAAUUAGUGUUUUAACGAUGACUGGUAGGAAAGCUUCAUUCUCUUUAGUAGUUCAUAUUGCAAUAUGUUUUCUCAUCCUUCAUCCCACGAUAUUUGCGUUUCCGGUCGAAGAUCAACCGGAAAAUCGUGCCCGCUACGACCACUACCGGCUCUACCGAGUUCAACUGGACACGGACCAACACGUGCAGGUCUUCCAAGACCUGGAGGCCAAGAGCGAUAGCUACACCUUCUACGGCCAUGCUCGACAACCGGGCCAACAGCUGACGAUCAUGGUCGCAGCGAACAAGGUUGCUGAUUUUGAAGAUUUGCUAGUUCGGUUUCUGGUUAAAGGACGAGUGCUGGAAUACAAUGUACAAAGCAGAAUCGACGCCGAGGCUAAGAAUGUGAAACCAGCAACGGUUGCACCAUCCGAGUUUGAUUGGAACCACUAUUUCCAACUGGAGACAAUCUACGCGUGGAUGGACGGUCUUGCAAGCAAACACUCCUUCAUAACCGUUAUCUCUUUGGGAGAUUCCUAUGAAGGUCGUCCGAUCAAAGGCGUCAAACUUUCCCGCCAAUCCGGUAAUAAAGCUAUCUUUGUUGAGGGAGGAAUCCAUGCUCGGGAAUGGAUUUCUCCAGCCACUGCUACCUUUAUUCUGAACCAGCUCAUCACCUCAACGGAUCCCAGAAUCAUCGAACUGUCCACCAACUACGACUGGUUCUUCUUCCCGACGGUCAAUCCGGAUGGGUACAAGUUUUCCUUCGAAAGCGAUCGUCUGUGGCGCAAGAACCGGAAGCCUUACGGCAUCUGUCGCGGUGUGGAUCUGAAUCGGAACUUCGCUAGCAAUUGGGGCGGCAUCGGUUCCAGUGAUGAUCCCUGCAGUUACGACUUCUCCGGGUCCGGAGCCUUCUCAGAACCGGAAGCCCGUGCGUUGGCCGACUUCAUCCGGGACAACGCCGAAAAAGAGCGCAUCCGGACGUACAUUGCGUUGCAUUCGUACUCGCAGUUGUUGAUGUUCCCCUUUGGGCAUACGCCGGAGAAGGUCGCCAACUACGAGCACUUGCAGACGAUUACGGAUAGGGCCAUUGCGGCGUUGACGGCUGUUCAUGGGACUCCGUUCCAGGGUGGAAGCAAACACGAGACGAUUUAUCCGUCGAGUGGGGGAAGUAUCGAUUGGGCCUACCAGGAGGCGAAGAUUCCGGUGUCGCUGACGUUUGAGCUGCGGGGACCACCGGACUCGACGGAUAUGUUUAUUCUGCCGGCGGAACAGAUUACGCCGGUUGGUGAGGAAACCAUGGCUGCGUUCGUCGCCAUUGUGGAAGAAGCCAAGCGGCUUGGGUACUACGAUUGAUUGCAUUCUUGGAAGGUUGUUAUUUGUAUUAAUAAAUGUUCUCAGUUAAACAUAA